AUGCGAGCGUGGGUACUUGCGGCCACAGCCAUCUUGGCCGUUGCCAACCAAUGCAACACUGCUCAGAAAGACACCGACUAUUGGGGCAACGACUUGUCGACGUCAAGUCAAUCGAGCCAUGGUGCCUGCUGCAGUUCGUGCGUCAAUAGCGCCAGGUGCACCCACUACGUCUGGAACAGAUACACCAGUACGUGCAUUCUCAAGCAAGGCGUGCCAAGGCCAGCCAGCUCUGUACCCGGUGCGUUUGCCUCCAUUUUGUCGCAACCCGCUUCCGACAACGACAAGUGCGACCAAGUGCGAGAGAACACGGACUUUUGGGGCCACGACUUAUUCCAGACGACGCAAUAUAACGCCGGGGACUGCUGUGCAGACUGCUCCAGCCAGGCGGGGUGCACCCACUACGUCUGGAACAGCAACACCAACACGUGCAUCCUCAAGUAUGGCACACCGAGUCCGAGCAACAGCGUCUCGGGGGCCUACGCCGCCAUUGUGAAAUCAGCUCCACCGCCGAACCUCGGUACAUGCAAUUCCGUCCAAAAAGACACCGACUUCUGGGGCAAUGACUUCAAGCAAACGACUCAAUACAGCUACGGCGCCUGCUGCAGCGAGUGCGCCAGACACGCCGAGUGCACCCACUACGUCUGGAACAGCUACACGACCACGUGCAUCCUCAAGCAAGGCGUGCCCAACCCAAUCAACACGGUCCUGGGAGCCUACGCCGCCACGAUGCCAGCCAAGUCCUGCGGCACCCGAGUCCGUAAGGAGUGGUCAUCGCUCUCCUCCAGCGAGCAAAGUCUGUACAUCGAUGCCAUCACAAAGGCCAAGACCAUUGGCCACCUCGACACUCUCGUCCGCGUACACCGAAACGAAAUGGCGUUCUACGAGCCGCACGGGUCGACAUGCGCGUUCUGGUUCUGGCACCGGCGCUUCCUCCUCGGAUAUGAGCAAAUGCUGCGGUCUCUUGGCCCAGCCUUUGCUUGCAUCACGGUACCAUACAUCGACUAUGCGGGCGCCGCCGCCGCAUGGAAGGACAAGACGUGCUCCUCCGUCGUCUCAUGCUCGCCGGCGGUCCGAGCCAUGUACUCGCUGCCGCCAGCGUUCAGCAAUGUAGUGCGUGGGGACUGGACGCAGCAUGGAUUCGGCCCCGCGUUCACGCUCGACAUGAUCAAGCUGAAUCUGUUGCCAAGCGACAAGAACACACCGAUGAUUGCGAUCUCGAACAACAUUGAGACUGGCGUGCACAACUCGCUGCACUCGGAACUCGGCGGCGAUAUGUCCGGCCACUCGUCCAACAACGACCCCCUCUUCUACUUGCACCACGCAACAGUCGAUAUGUUUCAAGUCAUCUACCGCAAGUGUCGGCUCAAUGGCGUCGCUCCGACGGACCCGCGCAACUUUGCGUCGUGCCAGGUGCAAGCGAGCGGUCCGGGACAUGAUGGUAACAUCAAUGGCGACACGGUGCCGUGGAUUCAAGACGACACCGUCCCAUCGGUCGUCGACGAAGACCCGGCGACAAAAGCGUGGUUCCAGGGCAUUCCCAGCACGUACCUGGCGCUCACUGAUGCGAGCCAACUUGGGCCAUUCAGCUACAGCUACGACUUGCAAGGGUCGUUUGCUGACUUGUACAACCAGUGCGACGAGGUGGGGACAAUGUCGAUGCACAGUGGGGUUGUCGAGUCGAGCGAUGUGACGUCGACGUCCAUUGAGAAGGCUUGGCGACAGGCGCUCUACGACGAUGCAAUAAACGGGACGAUUCCGACGAGCGAGAUGAGCUACGAAAUCGCCAAGGUCACGGUCAUGCUGUACGACAAAUGCAUGGGUGGGGUCAAAGACUUCACCGACGAUUUCAAGCAGACUUGGCACAUCAACGAGCUCAAGCCAGCGUUUGAGCAGCUGCAGAGCAUUCUCGAUGGCAGCAACUCGAUCAAAAUCAGGAACUGGCGAAGCAUCAACUCGUGA